CGGGUCCCUGCCGCGGCCGGAGGUAGCGGUAGUGGCGGCAGCCGGAGCGUGUCCGUGGGACAGCGUGGGCCCUGUGUUGCGGGGCAGUGAGGUCGCUCGGGAGCUGUGCGGGUCCGGCGGGGCCCGGGGGCUCGGUCAGCGGCCCCGGGGGGCCACGGCGGCGACGGCAUGGAGCAGGCAGCGCCCAAGAGCAAACUGAAAAAGCUAAGUGAAGAUAGUUUAACUAAGCAGCCUGAAGAAGUGUUUGAUGUUCUGGAGAAGCUUGGUGAAGGGUCUUACGGUAGUGUGUUUAAAGCAAUACACAAAGAAUCUGGACAAGUUGUAGCAAUUAAACAAGUGCCUGUGGAGUCAGAUCUUCAAGAAAUAAUUAAAGAAAUCUCUAUAAUGCAACAAUGUGACAGUCCUUAUGUUGUCAAGUACUAUGGCAGCUACUUCAAGAACACAGAUCUAUGGAUUGUUAUGGAAUAUUGUGGAGCUGGCUCUGUUUCAGACAUAAUUAGACUGCGUAACAAAACACUAACAGAAGAUGAAAUUGCAACUAUUUUGAAAUCUACUCUUAAAGGACUUGAAUACUUGCACUUUAUGAGAAAAAUACAUAGAGAUAUAAAAGCUGGAAACAUCCUUCUUAACACCGAGGGACAUGCAAAAUUAGCUGAUUUUGGUGUGGCUGGCCAGUUAACAGAUACAAUGGCAAAGCGUAAUACCGUUAUAGGAACUCCCUUUUGGAUGGCUCCUGAAGUCAUACAAGAGAUUGGCUACAACUGUGUGGCAGACAUCUGGUCCCUUGGUAUAACAUCAAUAGAAAUGGCUGAAGGAAAGCCUCCGUAUGCUGAUAUUCACCCAAUGAGGGCUAUUUUUAUGAUUCCUACAAAUCCCCCUCCAACCUUCCGGAAGCCAGAGCUCUGGUCUGAUGAAUUCACAGAUUUUGUGAAGAAAUGCUUAGUGAAAAAUCCUGAACAAAGAGCUACAGCAACCCAGCUGCUACAGCAUACAUUUAUUAAGAAUGCUAAGCCAGUUUCAAUUUUAAGGGACCUGAUCACUGAAGCUAUGGAGAUAAAGGCAAAGCGACAUGAAGAACAGCAGAGAGAACUAGAAGAGGAGGAAGAAAAUUCGGAUGAAGAUGAGUUGGACUCUCACACCAUGGUGAAGACCAAUUCAGAGAGUGCUGGUACCAUGAGAGCCACCAGUACGAUGAGUGAAGGUGCUCAGACAAUGAUUGAACACAACAGCACCAUGUUAGAAUCAGACUUGGGGACCAUGGUAAUAAACAGUGAUGACGAUGAAGAGGAAGAUGGGACCAUGAAACGCAAUGCUACUUCACCACAAGUUCAAAGACCUUCCUUCAUGGACUACUUUGAUAAACAAGACUCCAAGAAUAAAAGCCCUGAAAACUGUAAUCAGAACAUGCAUGAACCUUACCACAUAUCCAAAAAUGUUUUCCCUGAUAACUGGAAAGUCCCUCAAGAUGGAGACUUUGAUUUCUUAAAGAAUCUGAGUUUAGAAGAAUUACAGAUGAGGUUAAAGGCUUUGGACCCUAUGAUGGAACGAGAAAUUGAGGAGCUUCGUCAGAGGUACACUGCAAAGAGGCAACCUAUCCUAGAUGCGAUGGAUGCAAAGAAACGGAGGCAGCAAAAUUUCUGAGUUUGUUUUGCUUUCAAACAUAAUACUAGGAGUCAGUGUGGACACUGGUAACUUCAAGUCAGAAGGAAUUUGAUUAUGAGAGUUUUUAAAAAUCCAAUCUGUUAAAUUUUCCUCCACAAGCAGUGACAAUUGCAGCAGUCAAGAACAUUCAUGUGGUGUUCUGCAAAGGCAGUAAAACACUUUACCACUUGUUUGCAUUUUCAAAUGUUUAAUGUAAUAGAAGUUUAAUCUGUUACUUCCCAAUCUUUUUCAGGUCUGUAGUGGUAACUUGGUGUUGUACAUUGGGAAUUGCGUUUUGGAGGACCUGGAAUGAUUUCUUGAUUGUGCAACAUUACCGAGCCUUAUAUUGCAAUGUAUUUUUCUCCCACUGAGUAGCAUAUUUAUUAAGUAAUCUUUGGUUAUCCUAUUUAUUUUAUGCCUGUUUUCUGUUGGGAAGUAUUAUGAUAAUAUUGUGGAGAGCAGAGUCAAAUUAGAUGAAAUUGCUAUGGUAGUAUAAUGAAAAGCUGCUCACCACUGUGUUAUCUUUUAAAACUCUAAUUUCAACAAGUAUCCCGAUUCAGGACAGCACUUGAACAUAUAUCCGGCCCGUUCUUAGCAGUAAAAUUUAGGACUAAAGUAAGUAAUUGGCACAUGUUUUUCUGCUCUCCUGAAUCAGGGACUGUUGCAGUUGAGUAGUACAGUUGUUACACUACAGAGCAUUCUUUGAGAGAGUAUUUCUGUCAUUUGUACGCACACUGAGUCAGCUGUCAUUAAACAAGAAUACAAGUGCCUAAUCAGUUUUAAUUUUUGUUAUUCAGGAGAAGCAAUACUUACAGUCACUCCUUAACUGUAAAAUUCCAAUUGCUAUUGCAAUUCUGACCAGUAUAAACCUCUAUUUUGCACCGUAGUUUUAUAAUGAAAUAACAGCUACACUUUCUGGAUAUGUUUUUUGUUUCAUUUGGGAUUUUUUAAUCACUGUUUUGAGGGGAGAGGGGAAUUAUUAGUGCUUUGAGGUUUGUUUGUUUUCACAUUAUAGAUACAAAGGGAUAGUAAUUUAAAAACCAAAGAAAAUAAAUUGAAUACUUAUAUUUAAUAAGUAUAGAAAAGAAGCAACAUUUAGUAGUGUUCUGAGGGAUUUGUCCUGCAAUUGCUAAGCAUUCAAAAUUCCUGUAGUCUUCUGUUGGUAGAUUUUGGGGACUCAGAAAUGCAGGACCAAGCUCUUAAUAAUUUUUGUUCAAGUUCUUGUCUGGUUUAUGUUGUGGAAUAUCUAUUGAUUGAAUUUACAACAUUGUGAGAAAUAUUUCAGACUUAGCAGAAAAUGUGAUCCACUCUCUGAACAAUCUGCUGUGUUCUCUCUUGAAAUCUUUACUAUUGUUGCCUUGUAUGUACAUAACUUCACUGUGAUAGUCAUACUUUAAAAAAUACAGCUGAAAAGAUCUUUACAUUCAGCCUUCAGCUGUUUAAUGGUGACUACUGUAUGGGCAUCUUCUAUUAAACAUUUUCUGGAAGUUAGUAAUCAUCUCAUACCUCUUAACAUAAAUUGUCAACAUAUGUGGACCAUUUAGAUAGAUCAGUGCUGAUUUUGGAAAUAAUGCAUUAUGUCACAAAGCUUAUGCCAAUGGAAACGAAAGGUUCUUACAGGAUCAGCAUUCCACAGCCAUGCUGGUACCAGUACUUGGGUUUGAGCUGUCUACAGCCAUUGCUGUCCUUGUCAUUCUCUUUGUGUUUGCAUGCACACCACGCUCUGACAUGUAAACCCUAGAGUCAAAUAAAUCUUAAUUGUGAUUCUUAGAACAUCCUUAUCUUCAGUUCUCUUCAUACUUCUUAGAGCAAUGACCAUUCCUUGUGAAAAUGCAAGAACACAGAAGAUCCAUAAAAAUUACUUUAGGCAAGAUAAAAUGCACCUGGUAGUCCUACGCCUCACAUUUAUACAAUGAAAUGAUGUAAAGUAAAAAAUUGUAUAAACAUAUCACUGUGUCAUUAGAUUAUAACCAUAAUGCAGGAAAAAAUAACAGUACCAACUUCCCCCUAUUAUUAUGCUUCUUAUUUAUUUAAAGUAAUUUCUACUUCUUGAACUUUCUGUUCUCAGAAACUCAAAGGUGUGUGUGCAUGCAUUGAUUUGUGUCGAUAUACAUACAUAGAUAUUCAUAUCUAUAUAUAUAAGAGAAAAUAUAAAGCAGGUUUAAACCAUCAGGAGAGGAACCUAGCUUGCCUUUUCUUGGUGUGCCUUUUAAGCAGUGUCAUUGUCUAGACACUCUUACCUGCAUCCUCAGCAGCUAGAUUUUCCCUUACUCAAACUUUUCACUUUUUUCCAAAAAUAAGACUUUAAGUUUGAAUAAUGUGGCUUUACAGUGUAAUAGCCAAUAAUAUAAAAUGAUCAGAAAUUUCUUAUUUUGUGUAUUCUGAAAACUUCAGUAAUGUGGUACCCUAAAGAUGAACUGUAUAUCCUGAGGGACUCCAAUAAAAGGCAAUUUUAGACUAGAGCUGUUGCAGUCUGACAUCUGAAAGCUAUCAGAAGGCAAAUUACAUCCUUUUUUUCUAUCCUGAUGUGUCUGCAUAGAAACAACUUGGACUUUGUGCACAUGCAUGCACACAGAAAUGGAACAUACAUGCAUGAGAACAAAUCUGAAUGCCAUGAAUAAAAAGAAUAAAACAAGCUCCUUAAAAGGGUGAAAAAUAGUAUCGGAUGUACUGUAAACUGGGUAGGUACAGGAUGCUUGUGACCAAAGAAUAUUUUAAUGAAUUAAUAUGAAAUUAGUAUGUUGCCAUUCUGGUAUGGUGCAAACUGCAAGGCAGUGUAAGAGCUGCCUUGGGCUUCAGCAGCCAGUGUAUGGAGCUCUGAAUCCUGUGUGAGAAGUAACACGGAGAAAUAGGUUUUGUACUCAGAGAUGGAUGCAUCUUAUUUUUUGUUUCUUUUGUUUAUACAAACGAAUCAAAUCAUCCAUGUUGUUGACCACACAUCUCUACUGGAGGAUGAGCAUCUCUGUAAAGGAAAGCCAAUAGUACAAUAAAUGAGAUAUUUUUAAAGCAAGCCUUGUAGGAAAUCUAAUAGAACUACUGACAAGUUAACCUUCAGUAAGAUUUUAACCAAGCAAUAUCUUGUUUGCUUCUGACUUUGUAUGUUUAGGUUUAGUAAGUUAAAAAAUUUUUGAAAAAUCAUUGCUUAUUACUAAACAUUUUUAAUAAAAGCUAAUUUUUCAUGUAUAA